UCCUCGGUGACGCGUUCUCGUCGGAUUUCCAAAGAUUUCCCGCGUCGCGAUCGCCAAGUUUGUUGUUUGGAAAAACUAUUGAAACUUUCUCUAUUAGCAUUCCAUUUGUAUUUUAGUGUCAGUGCAAUCAUUAAUCAGUCAAAAAAACAUUACUCUCGUGUCUGUGACGUCGUUUCUUGUUGUAUUAAAUAAAUAUAAGUGUGUGAAAAACUCCCGUGUUUAUUGGAUUACUAUAAAAUUGGAUGUUUCGCUAAAACUAUCAGGUAUUUAACUGUAACCAAGGUUGAGUGUUUGCUGACUAACAAAGGGCUGCCGAGAGUCGGCACCUCCUCAGUGGAUGAUUUUGUCCUCAAUUUCGUCGCCAUUCAGCUGAGUUUGAAGAUAAUCUCCAAAAAAUAACAACUGCACAAAGACGAAAAUGCAGCGGCGAUAAGCUGCAAACAGGUGGUGACUCGCCAUGCAGCGCGCGGGUGGGAGCACGGGCUGUGCGCCAUGAGCCACACUCCUGUAGGCGGCCACCCGCAAGGUUGGGAGCACAAGCUUGCUGACAGGUCGUCGCUGCCGCCGGCUUCCGGAGAGGAGAAAAGUAAAUCUCAACCUAAAAAUGUGUUCUCACAACCCUAUCCACCUAAUAAAAUGGGUAUGCCAGGUCGCGGCCAGACGGAAGGCUCGUCGGGCAGCUCCGCGCGCUCGGCCGCCUCGCCGCCUUACAUGCGCUGGGCCCGCAGUCUGCACGACUUGCUCGAGGACGCGGAGGGCGUGCGUCAGUUCCGCAAGUUCGUGUGCGGCGCGGGCGGGCUGCACGUGGACCGCCUCAACUUCUACUUCGCGGUGCACGGGCUCCGCCAGGAGGCCGAGCCCGCCAAGAUCCGGCAGGUCGUCUCCGCUAUAUAUAAAUUCCUCCGCAAGUCUCAGCUAGCGAUGCCCGAGGAGCUGAAGCAGUAUGUGAAGCAGAGUCUCAAGGAUGGAGUCGACAUCGAACGCACUAUCUUUGAUAACAUGGAGCAAGAGGUGACGCGGGCGAUCACGGAGUCGACGUACCAGGCGUUCCUGCGCUCGGAGGCGUACGUGUCGUACGUGAGCGCGGCCACGCAGCCGCUGUCCUCGCCCGACUCCCCGCCGCCGCAGCGGGAGGUAGCGGUGCCGCUGUCGUCGGGCCUGGCGACGCUGCACGAGGAGCAGGAGCUGGGUGCGGGUGUGGGGGCGGGGGCGGGGGCGGGGGCGGGGGCGCGGCUCACGCACGACGCGCUGCUGGCCACGCAGGGCCGCCGGCUGCACUCCGAGGCGCCUCACCGCAAGCGGUCAGUGUACAGCGCACACGUGACGUACGCGGGCUACUGUCCGACCUCGCGCCAGGAUUCGGAGCGCGCCAGCCUCAGCUCCGGACGGACCGAUAGCGAUGCGGUUUCGCUCUCCGGAAGCAGCGUGGACGGCAUGUCGAUGCGCGGAGGGCGGGAGCCGCGCGAGCGCCUCCGCUCGCGGCCGCACGGGGUCGACAGAAACGCUGUCAUCAACAAGGAGCAGGACACUGCUAUGGUGAUCCCUCGCACGCAGCGCAUGCAGUCGUCGCAGCUGCGGGUGCUGCCGCCAGCCAAGUUCGCGCCGCUGCUCAUUGAGAAGCUGGAGCGAGUGCGGCGCGACCAGGAGACCAAGGAGAGGCUGGAGCGCCGACUCACAGAGGGCGUAGGAGAAGAGGCUAUGUGCGGGCAGGCGCUGCCGCCGGCGCUGGUGGCGGCCGCCAUCCGGGAGAAGCUGCAGCUUGAUGACGACAACGACCAAGAUAUACUCGACCAGCACGUGUCGCGCGUGUGGUCGGAGCGCACGCCGGGCGCGUCGCCGCCGGGCGCGCGGCGUCGCGUCGCGUCGCGUCGAGCGCACUCCGCGCUCUCCGCUGACUCCGGACACUACGACGCGCCCGACGCGCACCACGCUCACCACGACCUGCAGCGCAGGUUCUCGAAGAAAACAGUGACGGAACUGACGGACAGCGGCGUGUCCGUGGUGAGCGAGGGCACCAGCGCGGCCGGCGUGGAGCCCCGCAUCCUGCUGUGGAUCGCCGCCAGCGAGGGCCGCAACCACUCCUCCAGGGGCUCCUCCGCGGACAGGGACGACCAUCGCCGCAGGGACAAGGCUCAGAGGGCUAGGGGCAGCGGCAGCAAGUCCAGCAGCACCAGCGGCGGCGGGGAGCACACGGUGGUGGUGGUGUCGUUCCUGGACGAGCAGCUGCCGUACCGCUUCAAGGUGCCCGCUGCGCCGCUCACGCUCAAGCUGUUCAAGGAGUACCUGCCCAGGAAGGGGAACUACAGAUAUUUCUUCAAGACGAACUGCGUGGACCUGGACACGGUGAUCCAGGAGGAGGUUAGCAACGACAACGACACGCUGCCCAUGUUCGAGGGCAAGGUCAUGGCCCGGGUCAAGAGCAUCGAGUAGGUCCACCCCCUACUGACGGCGGCAGGGUGCGUUAGCGUAAAAAAUAUCAUUUUUUAAUAGAUGUUGACUGGAUUAUAAUUUAAACUAAAGGUCAUUUGCAAAGCACGUCUAUUGGUAUUUCUUUCAUUUGAUGUCCGACCUCUCCUUCUUACGCGGUGAAAGAUACUAUACGUUAUACAUAUGUAUAUUCCUCGCAAUAUAUGAGAUUUUGGGCCAUAGCUGAAAGAGAUAGCAAUAUUUGUACUUUCAGCAAAAAGUUCCGUUUUGCGGGCUUCAAUACUAUUCUAUAGCAUCAUGGUUACACUUGAUCCGACAAAUAUUAAUUCAUUUCAAAAUUAAAUUUGUUAUAUGAAAGACAAAUCCAUCAUGUUAUGUAUUACCAUGAAGCUACAGAUAAUACUGGAGACAGCGCUUUAAAUGUAUCGGCAAAAUCAUAUACAAUCGACCAUAACAAUUUUUAGCUUGUGAAUCCUGCGCCGUCAGUGUGGAAAGAACUCAGUGACGAAUUGGCCAUGCGCCGCCGCGCCGCCCUGUCCCCAAAAGUACAUUGUUGUACUGCGUUUAUUUGAAGAAAUGCCAAAUUUGACUUUUUUAACAUUUGUGAAAUAAUUCUAAAAUGAAUUUUUAUUUAGUGAAUAAGACAUAGAUGCAAGUUCGGAGUUGUAGACGGAGAAAACCAUAGGCGUCUUCGUAUCUUUGGUUUUGCUCAUAUAAAAAAAGAAAACGCGUAUUUGAAAUACACAAGAAAUGGGACAGAGCGCUGGAGAACACAUUUUAAAAGAAUUAUAAUUAGUAUAUGAAUUAUCUCUGAUACUUGCUUCUUUGUCUUAUUUAUUGAAUGUUUUUACGUCUUCGAUUAUAUUUGUAUUCGAGACAGGGCGGCACUAGAAUAAUAAAUUAUUUAUUUAAAAUGACUGCGUCGGGCGCGCGCGACUGCGCCGUUAAAAAGAUUCGGUUCCUCGACAUUAACUUUUUUAUUUUAAUUAUUUUUUUACUUGAGCUAGUUGAGUACGCUUACUAUUGUACGAUAUUUUUUUUAAUUCGAACAUUGACAGUACGCGACUUUUAUUCUAAUAUUCCUAGUGUUAUAUGAAUGACUGCUUAGUUUGUAUAUUUUUAAAUUAAUGUUCUAGGUAUAAAUGAUGUGUUCUGUUUCAAAAGAUAUAAUUCGUUGAUAAAUCUGAGAUUCGGAAAAUUAUUCACAUGUUUAUGAAAUUUUAUACUGUUCGAUACAGGUGUACCAAUUAUGGGUAUGCUAUUUUUUUCUUACUAUUUUAAAAUCUUAUUUUUAAUAAAGUAUUGUGAGCAUUUCAACAACAAUAUCGAUAAAUGUUACACUCUGUAUCGGACAAACGCUUCAUUCGAAAUUGGCAACAAAAUCAAUACACGAUGGGAUCUCAAUCAAAUACAUAAGAAUAACGCUCUAAGUCGACAGUUUACAAAUGAUUUCCGUUCUGCAGCUGUGAAUAGGGGUAAUUAGCGAGAUUGUAAGAAUAAAUUGAUCACUCUAUCCUCGUACAGACAUGCACAGAUAGGCAUUAUAUUACUACAAAUUUAUUUGUAAUCUGCAGCACUUCAACCAUCUUUCUCUCAAGAGAAAGACAUUACUUGUAACUGCCGAUUAUGAUUCAAUAUUUGUAGAAGUACAAUCGCCAUCAAUAUGCUUCCGAAGUGUAGUAAUGUCCUGAAUAUAUUUUUUAUUUCCAGACUUUCGUGACUUGCUUAACUUUCAAUGCUAUUUUCAAUUAAUUUCUUAAAUUUCUAUAUCGGGGUGUUGCUACAUAUAAAAGUACAUACUGUGUUUGUCUAAAAACAAACGAAUAAAUGAUUGCCAGACUGAGUUUCCCUAAGUCAGUUAGUUCCAACUAGUCUACCCCCGCGGCGUGACGUCACGCGGACACAUGCCCGUUAGUACUUAUUACUUCGCAUAUUGUAACAUAUAGUAAGUUAGAUUGUCAUGUCCGAUCCAAUGUACCGUCCGCGACGCAAACUCUGUGUACCUGCUUAUCUAUGAAAUUUAUUGACAGAUCCAGUGAUUUUCUAAUUUUGCAUAUGAUUGCGCUGCGGACUGUACAUGAAGUGUUGCCAGCUAAUCGAGUGCACUAAAACGAAUGCACGAUUGUGAAUCGGGUGCGAAAUCAUGUGCCUUCAAUGUUGAUACAUUUUUCAUAGUUGAUGCUUCUAAUUAGACGUAAGUUAACACAUGUAAAUAUAGACAUAAUUACUUUGAUUCGAACUCUUUAUUUUUUAUUAAUUUAAUGAAUACGUUUUAUUUAUUGCCUAAUGUUGCGUAAGUGCGCCACGCCGUCUCAGACGUCAGCUUAACUUUCCAUUUUCCUUCAGCGUCGUUAGUUCUCCGGCCAUUUGUUGCGGGCAUUGUGAAAGGGUACGAAAGGGAAAUAAUGUACGAUUUUGCCAAAUAGGUACAUGGAUUAAUUAACAAAGAAAGUUAUUGCAUAAAUUGAUUGCCGCAAAUCGCGAUGUUUGUAACAAAUGGGCGCGUGUUGAUUAUAAAUAAAAGAGCGCAGAAAUAAACAUUGUGUAAUUCUAAAUUAAUUUCUGUCACUGCCAAAAUCUCUCCAUUAUCUCUAAGGAUUGCAUAUUAUUUAUUUAAUGCAUAACAAUUCUUCCUUAAAUAAAUGUUAAUUUAGUGAGUACGUAAGGUAUAAAGAUUUAUUGAGUAUAUGGUUUUAACUUUAAUGGACGCUGAGAAAAAUCGAAAAUAUUCCUUUCCUCCACAACCUAGAAAAGGAGACGAAUGUAUUUUUUGACUCCAAACGUCGUUUAUUUUUUGUUCUAAAGUACAACGUUGUAUGAGGAUUUUUUAUUAUAAAUUGUGUCUGAGACGCCGCCAUCUUUUGUUACUAUCACAGGUCGCCGCCACAACAUUGUAUAAAUAGAUGAAGUAUAUAAUUGUAAAUAUCGCAGGCACUUUCAGUCGUCUCAAGGUACCUUAUGAUAUCGCCAUAAACGGGCUCAAAUGUACACGCUCAAAUUCCAGGUAUCUCUAGUAUCAGAACGCAAAAUGCCAGAUUAUUUCCUUUUGGUUUUAUGGUUCUAUAUAAAGAAUUAUGUUGUUGGACAUUUUGCGUUGUCUGAUACAAUAUCUGGCAUUUUGCGAAUCUCCAAAAAACGUCGAAAGUUAAAAUUACUUGUUAAAUUGUAAAAAAAUAUAAUGUUUUCCAAUUUAGAGUGUAUACGAAUGUGGAAGUUAAGUAAACGAUGAUUUGUAAUAAAUAUAUUGACGUACUAAAGUAUUACUUUCUGCGAUGUAACUAUCGUUAGUAAAAGAAUUUCACUAAUCGGACUGUAUUAUUUUUUUAUCUAGCACAUGUAACAUUUAAAAAAAUAAAACCGGAACUGUGCCAUAUA